GGUUGCGGUGAGCAACACAUAGCAACGAUGAAGCGGAAAAAAGAUAAAAAGGCGGAAAAAUAAAAUAUCCCCUAAAGCCAGAAGCUAUUCUUACCUUACUCAGAACAAAGCUAGCUUGCCAACCCAGCUUCAUCUGCCAUGUCGAUUUUGGCUCCGUAUGUGUUUCUCUUACUCUUAACCUCUGUGUUUUCACCUAAUAAAGUUUUGGUUUUUGGGUCUCCUUCUCCCGAACAAGAAAGCUUCAAGAGACCUGAUCCUCUGCGUGGCUUCAAGAAUUAUGAUGGAGGCUAUAAUGUUACUAACAAACAUUACUUGGCUUCUGCGGUAUUUACAGGAGUGCAUUCUUAUGUUAUUGCUGGAGCGUGGCUGUUAUGUGGGUUGGGGUUUGGAAUUUUUGUUACCUGGAAGAAUUUGUUGAGAAGCGAUUCUUCUCAAGUUGAAGAAUAUUUGAAUCAUCACUUUCUGUUGUUGUUCUUGCUGAUUAUCCUUUUCACAUCACUAGCCAUAAUUGCCGCGAGUCUGGUCCUGGCUGCAAAUGAGAGCUCCUUCUACAGAAGCAAGAAGUUUAAGGGGACGAUUGUGAGGGUUAGCAAAGACACCCAUCGAAAGAUUCACAAAGUAAUCAUAGUAAUGACAGAAAUGAAGCAUCUUUUACGGCCAUAUGAUCCAGCUACCUCUCGGCGCUUGUACACCGUAACCCGUCUUCUUGCAAGAGAAGCACGAGCUAUUCGAUCUUUUGUUCAAAAGAGUGGCCAUGACAUUGAUGUUGCAAUUCGUACUUCGCACAUUUUGCAUUUUGUGGUUGUGACCAUCAACUUGGUAUUCUUGGUGGCUUCUCUAGUUCUGCUCCUGUUGCAUUGGCACCCUGGAUUUAUCACUAUAAUUAUUGUCGGCUGGAUCUUAACAACUAUGUGCUGGGCUUUGACAGGCUUUGAUUUCUCCUUCCAGAAUUUUGUGCACGAUACUUGUACAGCAUUUCAGGAUUUCGAACGAGACCCCCAGAAUAGUAGUCUGAGCUCCAUUGUUCCUUGCCUGGAUUCCUCAUCUUCAGAUGAGCUCCUAAUAGAAAUUGGCAGUACCAUCUAUAAGUUUAUUACUAAGUUGAACUGGAAAAUGGAAGCAUUAUAUAUGUUGCUUCCAUUAGACAGAGACUUUGUGGAUUCUGUAGGAGCUAAGAGGGUAUGUGCCCCAUUCUCAGGACCACCAAAUUAUACAUACAUCCCGGAGACCUGCUCAAAGGAUCGCAUGUCGAUCGAUGAUUUUUCGAAUAUCCUCACAAGCCUCACAUGUCAUAAAGACAAGUCCCCUGAAACAUGCAGAAGAGAAGGACGGUUUAUUCCUGAGAGAAUUUCUAAGAGGGCUUUGGCAUAUAGUCGUUCUGUUCAGAAUAUAUUAAGCAUAUUUCCAGAUUUAGAGAGCCUGGCUAGAUGCAUAGCUGUGAAUAACACCUUCUCUGAUGUUGUUAAGAACCAGUGCAAGCCAUUUAGGGCUUCAGUACAGAUGUUAUGGUCAUCAAUGCUCUCUCUUUCCAUCUUUAUGAUGAUUUCAGUAUUAUUUUGGGUAGCAAAGGCUUAUCAAGAAAGAGGUAGACGCUUUUCUAGAUGUUCCAUUAAUCCUGAAGCUGGAUCCUAAGAAACUUGGAAAAUUUCAAGAAAUAUGCAGUCAGUUCUUUACAGAAGAAAGGAAGUGUGAGUUAUAAAUAAGAUUUUUUUUUUGAUAGAUCUUUUUAUACCAGUUGUUGGAUAUAUAGAAAAAUAGUGAGAGAAAUCCAUGAUAGCUUUAUAAUGUAAAUUGUAUGGAGCUCUUGUACAUGAAAAGAAAAAUACAUUGCACAAAUGACUUUCAAACUGAA